CGCCUCAGUGGCUGUAAAGGCGCAGUCCAUAGAUGAAACAUUCGCUGGGUUUAUGAAGGUCAGAGGAACGUGUCAUUCUCUCCCAAGAUCUACUUAAAUUCCACAGCUCGCUGUAACUUUGAAUUGAAUGGUUUCGACCCAAGAGAGACGUAACGACUGUAUUACAGCGGGUUGUGCUUGCACGAACCAAACACAUAUUUAAAAAGUGGGUGACUUCGACAGACAAAUAUCAACGUCCAUGUGCGAAUUUUGUAACUGACACAGAAAUUGACCAAACAAAAAUGAAAUUCGGGAAAAAUGCCGUCAUUCUCUUAUUUGUUGUGACAUUCAUAAUUUUCCAUUUAGUUAUCAUGAAGCCAUACCUAUUUGAUAGCCACGCUCUUGAAGAGGAACCAUUGCCAAAUAGUUCAACAGAACCAAUACCGAUCAAGCGAAUCAUUAUUGUUACGACUUGGAGAUCCGGUUCGACGUUCGUUGGCGACAUCAUUAAAAGCGCCCCUGGCGUUUUUUAUUCAUUCGAACCUUUGUCGUAUUUGGAUCAUCAUCCAGGAUCACAAACGGAACUAAUCCAGUCUAUUUUUCGAUGCAAAUUUUCCGCUGAUUACCUGCGCAGCAUCAAUGGACUCAGUGGCCUUCCUAAUGACAUGAAAAGGAACAGACGAGUUUGGGAUGAAUGCCAAUUCAAUCGCUCCUUGUGUUAUGACCCACAAUUCGUUGGUCAAAUGUGCACCUAUUUCCCUGUUAAUCUCAUUAAAACUGUUCAAUUGAGGGUCAAGAAGCUGAUGUCCCUAAUGGAAAGCGAUCCCUCAGCGAAAGAAUGGAAAGUUGUUCAUUUAGUACGUGACCCUCGAGGCACAAUGUCAUCUAGGGCCGGAUUAAAGUGGUGCCAAGUUAGUCCUAGUUGCAAUAAUGCUAGCCGUCUCUGUACCGAAUUGGUUGAAGAUCUACAGUUGAUUAAAGGACUUCGAACUUCAUUUCCUGAUCGCCACUACCUGUUGAAAUUUGAAGAGUUGGCCACCAACGUCGAAAUAGAGACAAAGAAAUUGUUCCGAUUCUUGGAAAUGCCUGUCCUUCAACCGACUAAAUUCUUCUUGGCUAGCCACACGAAAUCCAGUGAUCCAAAAUUGAAAGAAGACUUCCUGGAUUUUGAUCAUUCGACGUUUCGGAAAUCAGACACUGUUGCUUACGCUUGGAAAACUAAAGUUCUCGCCAAAGUUAUUGCCAAUAUCACCGAUAUCUGUGCACCCGCUUUGACAGCACUCAACAGUAUCUAAAAAAAUAAAAAAUUAAAAACAACUCAUCAUCUGUCAAAUCUGAAGUCCAUCCAUGUGUCGCCGAGAAUAAAUAAAAACACAGAUUUUCCCACGA